AUGACACCAUGCUUGCCCGAUCUAUCACAUUUGAAGAGGCUACAAGAGUUACAGCUUGAUGACUUCCCCGAACUUGCGGAGAUUCCAGGUUUGGGGGAAUUGGAAUCACUGAAGUUUCUGCACAUUAUCAUGUGUGAUGUGAUCAAACAAUUGCCUAACCUAUCGACUCUGAAAAAUUUAUCGCGUCUCAAGCUAAUACAUUGCGUAAAGUUGAGAGCCAUUGAAGGCUUGAAAGAGUUGAAUUUUUUGGAGUAUGCAGAGAUCAGACAUUGCAUGUCCUUGGAAAGGUUGCCCGAUGUGCCGACAUCCACCAAAUUGGAGACAGAUCAGGCGCCGCCAGAACCUGCUGAACACACCAUGCAGCCAGCGAAGCGAUUGCGACUUUCAGUGGACUAUUGUGCUCUUGGAGGGAUUGGACGGCCUCUGGCAGUUUUGAUGAAGAUCAACCCGCACGUCUCUGUUCUUCAUCUGUAUGAUGUCGAGAAUACAGCUGGCGUCACCGCGGAUAUUAGCCCUACGGACACCGGUGCCGUGGUCCAUGGAUUACUGGGACAGCAACAACUGGAGGAAGGCCUUGUAGGAAUGGGCCUUGUCAUCAUCCCUAGCGGUGUGCCCAGGAAACCGAGAAUGACAAGAGAUGACCCGAUUAGCAACACUUUUAACUCCACAGUUCCCAUUGCAGCCGAAGAUUUCAAGAAAGCUGGCACUUAUGACCCAAAGAGACCGUUGGGCGUGACCAUGCUCGAUGUAGCUAGAGCAAAUACCUUUGUGGCAGAAGUACAGGGUCUUGAUCCUAGAGAAGUCGACGUUCCAAUUGUUGAAGGUCAUGCAGAAGUGACGAUUUUACCUCUUUUAUCUCAGUUUAAACCACUCACUCGUCAAGAAAUUGAUUACCUGACAUCACGCAUCCAAAAUGGCGGACAGAAGUUGGUUGAAGCUGAAGUUGGAGCUGGCUCUGCAACUCUCUCAAUGAUGAUUGAGCUUCCGUUCUUUGCAUUCAAAGUGCGCCUCAGUCGUACUGGGGCUAAGGAGGUUCUUCCCCUUGGUCUACUGAAUGAGUAUGAAAGGUCUCAAGUUUUAUUACUCUCAAAAUUUUAUUUCUACUUCGACUACAUCAAAGGAAAAUUAUUAUUUUAAAUUUC